CCCGCUGAGGAUACCCAGUGCUGCCAAUUGUAGAAUGAAACAAAUGCGGUGUUGUUUUUUCGAUUCAUAUUGAUGGUUACUGUUGGGAGCGAUUCAAGUGUUCUUAACUUUGUAUUUACCUACUUAAAUAUAUAUUGUGUUUGAACAGAUGCAGAUUUCAAGGAUUUCAAUGAAGGCAAAAAUAUAAUUUGAGUUAUUGCAAGUUGGAACUGUGCGUAUUUGAAAACAGUUUGCUUAAAAUAUUUCGUUUCUUACUGUUUGUGGAUUAACACGAAUUCGGAAUAUUUACUCUUAAAAUAAAUAUUUACAAUCAAUAAAAACAACUAUGGAUGUGAGCGCUGAGCAACAACAUGCAUCAAGCUGGCUAAGAGCCGAAGCCCCACGAGUAGGGAGCUACGAACCAACACCAGGAAUGCUGCCGUCUGAAGAUAUUGGGGAAAUGUUCACCCCUCAUUUCUUAGAUCAGAGUUCUCAUAUGAAUGCUGCAGCAGGAUACUACAACCAAGCUGCAAGGGCAAUGGGCAGUUACAGGUCAUCUCAUGUGUCCGCAUCUAGCCAAGUUUGUCGUCCACACUUCCCCACACCCCUCCACUCGUGGAUAACAGAUGCAAAAUCCAUGGUACCACAUGCACAUUCCGGUUGGCCGAUGAGUCCCUUCAACAGCAAAGGUCUUAGUCAUGUUUCAAAUUCAGCGGGUCAACUGUCUGGUUCAUCGUCAUCCAUACCAACAUCAAGUUCAUUCAAUUUUCCACCAACACCACCCAAAGAUGGAACUCCAGAGAAUGUCAACGCAUCCACAGAAUACACACCAGAAUCAAAACCAGUCAAAACAGACAUACACGACAAUCAGUCGCCAUCAUACAGCCACACAGCUCAUCCCAUGCCGACAUAUCCAUCUUAUGUCACACCAGGUUCUGACUAUGCCGGAAGUCUGGGAUUCCACCCUGGUAGCAUGUUCAAGUCAACAAUUCCUCGACCGAGAACAAAAACAAGAUCAAGUGCUGGACGAUGUUCUGCCGAUGAGAUGUAUUCCAUGAUUUUACCAGGAAGCCAAAGACAUAAUAUCCCAGAAGGAAGAGAAUGUGUAAACUGUGGAGCUACGUCAACGCCCUUAUGGAGACGAGAUGGCACUGGUCAUUAUCUCUGUAAUGCCUGUGGACUGUACCACAAAAUGAACGGUCAAAACCGGCCACUCAUCAAACCUAAAAGACGCCUGUCUGCUGCAAGGCGAGCAGGAACAAGUUGUGCCAACUGUGGAACGUCAACCACGACAUUAUGGAGACGGAAUCAAAAUGGAGAUCCAGUCUGCAAUGCUUGCGGCCUUUACUACAAACUUCAUAAUGUUAGCCGACCUCUUACAAUGAAGAAAGAUGGCAUACAAACUCGUAACAGGAAAAUGUCAACAAAGAGCAAGAAAAACAAAAAAGGAAUGAUGAUGUCAGACUUUCUGAAACCAUUAGAAAAAUCUUUCGGAGGAUUUCCUGCAAUGCAAGGCAUGCACGCUCCAAUGCCAACAUAUAUGGGUGGAUAUCCUUCGAUGGGAUCAGGACACAUGCAAAAUGCAGCAGGACUAAGUCAUGGAGGAUUUUCAGGUGGUUCCAAUUAUUUCGCGCCAUCAAGCUACGCAUCAUCAUUUUCUAGCAUCCCGAACAUUUCAUCAUCCGGGUUCUCUUCAGGACUUAACUUGUCAACGUCAUCAAUGGUAGGAGCAAUGGCAUAAAACUUUACAAUAAAAGUCUUUUUAAUGUUGGUUUUACAUCCACUUCGGCGCACAGUGCGUUCAAAUGGUGCUUCCGGUAUAAAUGUACUGAUAUUUUCCGGGAAAAGGCAGUGUUGGCCGACAUCUUGGAAAAUGUGUCAAUGUUAUGGGCAGUGACUGAAUUAACCGACGAUGGCUAAUACCACGACAAUGACACAACUAACGUCUCUGUAAAGAAAAGACACAAAACGAUAAAACUUUUACAAUGCAUCAGACUAUAACAGAGCCAGUGAAGGUGUUCGUUUGCGUGCAGAGACAUCAUAACUGAAAAGUAUAUUUGUCACCUAAAACAACAUUUUAUUAAUAUUCCAUUUGUCACGGAGAUUGACAAUACCUGAUCAUAGUAUUCCGGGUAUCAAUUUUCUACAUUCAUUGAAACCUCUACGCAAAACUACAUAAUUUAUGAAAACCGAGAGCCACGACGCGUAACCAUGAGGAGAGGAGUUCGAGUGGAAUGACCCAGGGUGACUACAAAAAUACAUUCUAUCCGGCUCGCGUAUCACCCUCUAAAUUCACUUAGUGUCAUUUACAGUAUUAACUGUGCUGUAGGCAUUUAAACUUCAAAGGAAACCAGACCCUGUGAAUGUUGAUCUCUUUUUUCAGGUAUCCCACAGUACUUGUCAGUGGUCAAAAUUAGCCGUCUAGAGCGUGAGACGUACUGUAACACAAAAACAGUUUAUAUGUGUUUGCUCAAAGUAAAUUAACAAAGAUAUACUGUUGUUUUAUUACAUUGUUUAAUGUGUACAUAUUAAUUUAUUGCCGAUUGACUCAAAUAUUUUUGAGCUAAGUUCAUGACAUUUGUUUUGUAUGAGAGAAAACAUUUGAUUCUAGUCCCAAAACUUAUGGAAACAUGACUUUGAUGUUCAAUUUGUUGUAAACCGUUAUAGGUUUCUACGAGUGCUAUGCCAUUUUUUUCAUUUCAUGACUUCCGGUACGUUAUAUCCGGACAUUUAAGAGUCACGUGCUCGUCACGGAUCAACAGAAAUCCAUUAUGUAGUGAGUUAGGUUUUUGUCUUCGGACAACAUUCCAGUGUAAUUGUGUUUCAGAGUGCUCUUUAACUAGAUGCAGUGUUAUUAAUAGAAAUUGUACAGAUUUUCAUCUUGUUAUUUUGCCGUUCAUGCUGUGUACAGAGAUAUAAUAUUGUAAUGAAGAUUUGAAAGAAAUGUUCAAUAAAAGUGUCUCAAACUUGAAA